ACAUUGACCCGGAAGUGCAUGGGAGUGGCCACUGACAUUAGCGUCCGCACACACGGCCUUGCUGCCGUUUCACAGGGAUUUUGUAGAAAAUACAGACUGCUCUUUACGUAUUGUCGUAGCUAUCAGGAACGCAUGAGCUCUUUUAAGAGCAAAGCACUCAUGUAGUGCAGCACAGCAUCUGAUUGAUGUCUGUUUUUGCUCGAGCUCUUUGAAAGCACGUUUUCCUCAUGUUAGUCUUUGUAUGUGAAGAGCGUCUCUAGAAGGCACCAGCUCGACUCCUUCUGCUUUCAUUAAACUUCGCUUUGCUUCAACCAGCUGGCACUUUUUCCUUCACAGGUUGUAGUCUCGUAAUUGCUUCACCCUCGGUGGAAGCUUAGUUUUUGUUUGCGAUAUAUUCGCAUUUGCUGAGGUGCUAGCUGUUAGCUAGCCAGUUUUUCACUCACUCUGUGUAUUGGAGCUGCUGCAUAAUGUCAGAUUUUGACGAGUUUGAGAGACAGCUGACCGAAAACAAGCAAGGUGAGAAAUAAAGUUAUCCAUCUGAUGCGAUUGAGGGGUUUGUCAUGUGAUUUAUUGGAUAGGGUAGUGACCAGUGAGCGGUUAAAAGACCUGCUUUGCUGGACAGUCUGAAUCAGAUUGUUCAGCACAGAAAACAAAUGCAGCAAUUGUUUUUAUAAGCAUUUAAAACCAUUAAACGUCCAGAAACCAUUAGUUCCUUUUGCUUAGGGGGUGUGGUUUUACAUAGAUUCAAAGUUAUGAUAUUUAGGGACUGUGGUGGUUUUUUAAACAUCUGAGAGUCAAAAUUCUACUUAAAUCUGUUAAUAAACAGUUCUGAAGUGUUAAACACUACAUAACAAGAAAUGUUAUGAAAUAAGUGCAAUAUUUAAAUAAAGUAUACAUUUGUACUAAGGUCAGAUUAUCUUAUUUCUAUUCAAGCACACACGAUGAUGAAAAAUUCACAAAUCACUAUAAGCCAACAUGGUUUUACACAAAUAUGACUCCAUGCCAGCUUGAGUGCAUGCUGUCAUAUAAGCAAAAAUUUAAAAAAUCAGAUCAAAUACUAAUAAAUUCAUGUUCAUUUUUACACUUCAAGGUUAUGCUGAUAUUAUGAUUUUUAGCAAAAAGAAAAAAAAAUUAGAAAAAAUGCAAAAUAAAGCAUGUUCACAAGUGGACUCAGACCGUUGAAACCUAUGCAGAAAUAAAACAGCGGAUAGAGACAAAGAGAACAAACACCACCGGCGCAGUGGCUCGAGAAGUCGCAGCAGAGACCGGGACAGAAAGAGGAGAAGUCGAGACAGAGAAAGGAGAGGCAGCCGAGAUCAUCAUGGAGAUAGCAAGGAUCGCAGACACAGACGAAGUCGCUCUCCACACCGUGAGAAGAAAAAGAUUAAAGUGAAGAAGUACUGGGAUGUUCCUCCUCCCGGAUUUGAACACAUCACACCCAUGCAGUAUAAAGCCAUGCAAGCUGCUGGUCAGAUCCCAGCUACUGCUCUCUUGCCCACAAUGACCCCUGAGGGUCUGGCUGUGACCCCAACACCUGUUCCUGUCGUGGGCAGCCAGAUGACUCGACAAGCCCGCCGUUUGUACGUUGGCAACAUCCCGUUUGGUAUCACAGAGGAGUCUAUGAUGGACUUCUUCAACGCUCAGAUGCGUUUGGGUGGUCUGACCCAGGCACCAGGAAACCCAGUCCUUGCUGUUCAGAUUAACCAGGACAAAAACUUUGCCUUUCUGGAGUUUCGCUCAGUGGAUGAGACGACACAGGCUAUGGCGUUUGAUGGCAUAAUUUUCCAGGGACAGAGUCUGAAGAUUCGCCGACCACACGACUACCAACCUCUCCCGGGCAUGAGUGAAAACCCCAGUGUCUAUGUGCCAGGCAAGACUCUGUAUUCCGGUGUUGUCUCUACUGUGGUGCCCGAUUCGGCACAUAAGCUCUUCAUUGGCGGUCUGCCAAAUUACCUCAACGAUGACCAGGUGAAAGAAUUGCUGACAUCAUUUGGUCCCCUGAAAGCAUUUAACCUGGUGAAAGACAGCGCUACAGGCCUCUCCAAGGGCUAUGCUUUUUGUGAAUAUGUUGACGUCAACAUAAGUGACCAGGCUAUUGCGGGUCUAAACGGAAUGCAGCUGGGUGACAAGAAACUCCUGGUCCAAAGAGCAAGUGUGGGCUCCAAGAACACCACACUGACGGGAAUAAACCAGACUCCUGUGACCCUGCAAGUGCCAGGUCUCAUGAACAGUUCAGUCAACCAGAUGGGUGGCAUUCCUACAGAAGUCUUGUGUCUAAUGAACAUGGUAGCUCCAGAGGAACUGCUGGAUGAUGAAGAGUAUGAGGAGAUUGUGGAAGACGUCAAGGAAGAGUGCUCCAAAUACGGCCAGGUCAAGAGCAUUGAGAUCCCGCGCCCUGUCGAUGGCUUGGAAGUUCCUGGCACUGGAAAGAUCUUUGUGGAGUUUAUGUCAGUGUUUGACUCUCAGAAAGCAAUGCAAGGCUUAACAGGAAGGAAAUUUGCCAACAGAGUGGUGGUGACUAAAUACUGCGACCCUGACGCCUACCACCGCCGCGACUUUUGGUAGAAACAGGACAGAUUUAAGAGCCAGUGAAACGAGAUGGUGUGAUUUCAAAAGAAACCCCUUAUUUUGUAAGAGGGUGUGAGUUUUUUUUUUAUAUAAAAAACAUGACAUGUGAUUGGUCAGAAUGUUGUGCAUCAAUCACUUGUAAUGUUUUUGGACAACAUGUGCAAAGCUUUUAAGAUUGUGAAACAGACCACAUCAAAGUCUACAAAAAAUGAUUCAGUUAGACAUCAUUUUUGGUCUAUAGUGAGUUUAUGUCAUUUUCCCCCAAAUGUGUAAAAUGCCUAUUCUGUCUGUACUGCUCACGCUUUGAGUGAUAAGUUGAUAUAAAAACUUAGUUCAGGUAAUUGAGGGGAGACAGACAAUGGCAAAAACAACAAACCAAUGAAUGUUACACUCAAAAAAUCAAGUCAAGAGGGUGUGUUUGUUUUUUGAAUAUGGUUUUAUUAAGGCUGUGAAAUGUAGUUUGUGUGUUUGGGUAAACCGUGUAAAUGUUAAGGUUAAAUGUGUGAUGUGAGAGGAGUUUCUGGGUCUUCUCUUGUCACAACGUGUGUAUGAGGUAAGCCCAUUACAGGCAUCCUGUAGAAGUGGAAUCUUACCAGUUACAUCUGUACUGUCUUUCUCUUCCCCACACCAUCCCCUCUCUUUUUUCCAAAAUCUCGCUCUCUAAUAGUUGUACUGUUUCUUGUGGACUUUGUUUUCCCAGCCCCAUCUAACCAGAUUUGUACACUGUUGAAAAGAAAGUUUAUUUUACUUUUUUUUUAUACAUUCUCUCUCUAACUGUCCACUGCUGUUUUUUAAUGCUGUAAUAAGCGGGGCUGAUUUACUACAAUGCAUUUAUGUAUGAGAACCAGAACAAUGUUCUGGUGAAAUAAACUCGAUGCGUUUGAA